AUGUUAGAUUUCACAGAAAAUAAACUGUCGAAGUCUUUAUCAAGACGAGUAGAAAAGCGUUUUACAUGGCAAAAGGAAGCGUUGAAAACGUGUGCUGCAUUUUUUUGUUUGUUAAUAUCGGCAUUCCUUAAUUUUUUCCUACUCACUGUGAUUCACGAUAUAGUGCCGAGAGAACCCCUGCCAGACCUCGUUUUUAUGCUAAUACCACAGCAGAGGUGGGCCUGGGUUGUCGGAGAUAUAUUUUCCACUUUAAAUGCUGUACUUGGCUUCACAUGUGUUCUGCUGCACAAGAAACGAUUAAUAGUAUUUCGGCGUGUGCUUUUACUUGGGGGAAUUAUGUAUGGUUUACGGGCAGUAAUUCUUGGACUGACGUUUUUACCGCCAUCAUUUCAAAACCGUGAUGAAAUAUGUUUACCGCAAGUUAACAGAACUGCCAUGUAUGCUACAGAAAUAACAACAAGAUUUGUAACAUAUGUUGUAACAUUGGGUCUAACUUCGGGUCAGGACAAGAUUCUUUGUGGCGAUCUCAUGUUCAGCGGUCACACCGUUGUGUUAACGAUUAUGUACUUUACCUUACUCCAGUAUACGCCAAGGAGAUUAGUCUAUUUACGAUACCUCGCAGCACCAUUAACAUACAUUGGAAUAGCAGCACUGGUUAUUUCGGGCGGUCACUAUACAAUGGAUGUGCUCGUAGCUUACUGGCUAACCAGUCAUGUCUUUUACGCAUACCAUCAAGUUUUUGAAAUGCCAAGGGUAGAAAGGACAAAGGCACCUCUUUCUCAUUUAUGGUGGUUUUGGUUAUGUUAUUGGUUUGAAAGUGAUGUUCCUGAUGGUGCUUUACGAAACGAAUGGGAUUGGCCAUUACCCGGCCCAAUCUGUAUACAUCAUUUUGUCCAACGAAUAAGCGAUAAAUUACAGUAG